CGCCCAGGCCUCGCCUGGCCGCGCAGAGUGCAGUGCCCAAGGUUAAAGGCUUCCGAUGUGCUUUUCCCGGAUACCGAUCUGCGAUCUCGGGGGUUGUAGGUGGCGCUAGUGCGCGCGGUGAGUCAUCUCUGCGACACGUUUUUUCAUGGCCGCCCCUUCGAUCUCGCGUCCGCUGCCAGGCUAGCUGGAGUUGUGAAGAUUCGGUUGCACUGGAUGUUACGUAAGUGCGUUGCUAGUGCAGUGGCCGUGGUGGCCGACGCUUUCGAUACGCUCGGUGCGCACUCGACCGCGGCCAAUUACCGCACGCGAGGAUCGUUUUCAGGAAAACAUUCACCAUUUUAUGGUCGUCGCUCGCGGGACCGACUGUGAGUUUAGUGAUCAACGUCAUGAGUCCGUAUUGUGGCCGCUGUUACCGUUACUCCGCCGGGACAUUUCAGUGAUAUCGUUUAGUGUGCAAGUGAAUUGAUUGGCUCUCUAUAAUAUUGUUUGUGCUGCGUAUACUUAUUACAUAAUCGGAGACACCAAAUAAUUGUAAAUCCGGCCCCGUACCGAUGCUCUAGUGGUUGCAGCAGCUAUCCAAAGCAGCCAUGUCGUCGGUAAAGGUGGCCGUCAGGGUCCGCCCCUUCAACUCCCGGGAGAUAGCCAGGGACUGCAAAUGCAUCAUCGAGAUGUCCGGGAAUACUACAGUGAUAGUAAACCCGAAGGCACCCCCCGGCAGUAAGGAUGGCGCAAAAAGCUUCAAUUUUGAUUUCUCAUACUGGUCUCAUGAUCCCAAUGACGCGCAGUUCUCGGACCAAGUCAUGGUGUACAAAGACAUCGGCGAGGAGAUGUUACAGCACGCCUUCGACGGUUACAACAUAUGCAUAUUCGCUUACGGCCAGACUGGUGCGGGCAAGUCCUACACGAUGAUGGGACGAGGGGAGGAUGGCCAGGAGGGCAUCAUCCCUCAGAUCUGCAAAGACCUCUUCAGGCGCAUCAGGCAGACCACUUCAGAUGAUCUUAAAUAUUCGGUGGAAGUCUCAUACAUGGAGAUAUACUGCGAGAGAGUUCGCGAUCUCCUGAACCCUAAGAACAAGGGCAACCUGCGUGUCCGUGAACACCCGGCCCUCGGACCCUACGUGGAGGACCUCAGCAAGCUCGCUGUGACCUCCUACCAGGACAUCUACGACCUCAUCGAUGAGGGAAACAAGGCUAGGACUGUGGCAGCAACAAACAUGAACGAGACCUCGUCACGUUCUCACGCUGUCUUCACCAUAUUCUUCACACAACAGCGACAUGACCAGACCACCAACCUCAUGUCGGAGAAGGUAUCAAAAAUCUCCCUGGUGGAUUUGGCUGGGUCCGAGCGAGCGGACUCGACGGGCGCCAAGGGUACGCGUCUGAAGGAAGGCGCGAACAUCAAUAAGUCACUGACCACUCUCGGCAAAGUGAUAUCAGCCCUCGCUGAGAUUUCGGCGUCGAAGAGUAAGAAGUCGAAGAAGGCUGACUUCAUCCCGUACCGUGACUCGGUGCUGACGUGGCUGCUGCGUGAGAACCUCGGAGGCAACUCCAAGACGGCCAUGAUAGCUGCUAUCUCACCAGCUGAUAUUAACUUCGAUGAAACUCUUAGUACACUCAGAUACGCCGACCGCGCCAAACAGAUCGUGUGCAAGGCGGUCGUCAACGAGGAUGCCAACGCGAAACUUAUUCGAGAACUCAAAGAAGAGAUACUCAAGUUACGAGAGCUGCUCAAGGCUGAGGGCAUCGACGUCGAAGAAGGACCUGAUGGUAGAGUCCUUUAUGAAAAGAAAGAACAGCCUACCACAGAAGAAAACUCGCCUCAGCGCAAGAAGAGCGAGGCGGAGGUCUUGUCUCCAAAGCUGUCGCGAGCGGCCACCACCAUCGCCGAGGAGGCCGUCGAUCAGCUGCAAGCCUCGGAGAAACUUAUUGCCGAACUGAACGAAACAUGGGAAGAGAAGUUAAAACGUACCGAACAGAUCCGUGUGCAGCGUGAAGCUGUGUUCGCCGAGAUGGGUCUCGCAGUACGCGAGGGCGGCAUCACUGUGGGGAUAUACUCGCCGAAGAAGUCCCCGCAUCUCGUCAACCUGAACGAGGAUCCUAACUUGUCUGAAUGCCUCAUAUACUAUAUAAAGAACGGCGUAACCCGCGUCGGUACAUCAGAGGCUAACGUCCCUCAAGACAUCCAGCUGUCAGGCUCACACAUUCUGAGUGAGCACUGCAUCUUCGAGAACACUGAUGGUGUUAUACUUCUUAUCCCACAUCGGGAUGCCCUCAUCUAUGUUAAUGGACGAGAGCUCACAGAACCAGUGAUCCUGAAGUCAGGUUCUCGUGUGAUCCUGGGCAAGAACCACGUGUUCCGCUUCGCUCACCCUGGACAGCCACGCGAGGAACCUGUCAACAACAACAAGGAACUCACUGAUACCCCCGAGAAUGUUGAGAAUGAUUCAGGUACAACUGACGCCGACGGCAAGAACGUGGACUGGGACUACGCGCAGUGCGAGCUGCUGGAGAAACAGGGCAUCGACCUGAAGGCAGAGAUGCAGAAGCGGCUGCUGGCUCUCGAGGAGCAGUUCCGCAGGGAGAAGGAACAUGCUGACCAGCAGUUUGAGGAGCAGCGCAAGAACUACGAGGCCCGUAUCGACGCGCUGCAGCGUCAGGUGGAGGAGCAGAGCGUCACCAUGUCCAUGUACAGCUCCUACACGCCGGAGGACUUCCAUAACGAUGAGGAUAUCUUCGUGAACCCCCUAUUCGAGACAGAGUGCUGGUCCGCCCGCGAGGUCGGUCUUGCCGCGUGGGCCUUCCGUAAAUGGAAGUACCAUCAGUUCACCUCCCUCAGAGACGACCUGUGGGGAAAUGCUAUCUUCCUGAAGGAAGCCAACGCGAUAUCAGUGGAACUCCGCAAGAAAGUCCAGUUCCAGUUCACUCUAUUAACCGACACACCGUACUCGCCGCUGCCCGCCGAGCUGGCCCCGCGCGACGACGCCGACGACGAGUACCGCCCCUCCGCGCCUACGGUCGUAGCCGUAGAGGUGACCGACACCAAGAAUGGGGCUACGCAUUACUGGACACUGGAAAAGCUGCGCCACCGGCUGGAGCUCAUGCGCCAGAUAUACAACAUGAACGAGAGCGUAUGCGCGGAGGACGAGGAGGUCCCGCCCCUGGUGCUGGCCCCGCCCCCCGCCGCGGCGGCGGCCCCGCCCCCCGCAGACAUACUGCACUGUAUCUCUGCGUGCGCGCAGCAGACGCGCCUCUCGCUAGCCAACUUGCUGCCCUCGAGACAACGGCUGGAGCUUAUGCGUGAGAUGUACCACAACGAAGCGGAGUUGUCCCCAACGUCCCCGGACCACAACAUCGAGUCCGUCACCGGCGGGGACCCCUUCUACGACAGAUUCCCAUGGUUCCGUCUAGUUGGACGGAGCUUCGUAUACCUAUCGAACCUGCUGUACCCGGUUCCCCUCAUUCACAAGGUCGCCAUCGUGAAUGAAAAAGGAGACGUCAAGGGCUACCUGCGAGUAGCCGUGCAGGCUGUUAUCGACGCCGAAAAGAACAACGCAGAAUUCGCAGCGGGCGUUAAGCAGUCGGCGAAGAUAUCGUUUGACGACGAUGUGGCGCCGGCGCGACGCAACAAGCUCACAGCUGUUGAUAAGAACAACGCUAUCAAUCUGGAUGAACGCAUCAAUGAGGUGCCAGACUCUAAUAUUAAAAUUGAAGAACUAGCAAUGGGCGAGUGUGACGCAGACAGCGGCCGCGGCGACAGCUCCCUCGCGUCCGAGCUGAAGGAGGAAGACCUUCCCGAGCAUCUGAGCCUCGGCAAGGAGUUCACCUUCCGAGUCACCGUACUGCAGGCACACAGCGUCUCUACUGACUACGCCGAUGUCUUCUGCCAGUUCAAUUUCUUACACCGCAACGAAGACGCAUUCUCAACAGAGCCAGUCAAGAACUCUGGCAAGAACACGCCUCUCGGAUUCUACCACGUGCAAAAUAUCACGGUGCCUGUAACGAAGUCCUUCGUGGAGUACAUCAAGACGCAGCCGAUCGUGUUCGAGGUGUUCGGCCACUACCAGCAGCACCCACUGCACAAGGACGCGAAGCAAGACGGCGGCGUGAGUUCAGUAGCGGGCUGCGGGGGCCGCACUCCUCCCCGCCGCAUGCUGCCGCCCUCCAUCCCGAUCUCUGCGCCGGUGCGCUCCCCCAAGUGGGGCGCCGCCGCCGUGGCCGCGCCCUGCUGCUCCUCGCACCUGCACUCCAAGCACGACCUGCUCGUCUGGUUCGAGAUCUGCGAGCUCGCGCCCAGCGGCGAGUACGUGCCUGCUGUGGUAGAGCACAGCGACGAGCUGCCGUGCCGCGGGCUGUUCCUGCUGCACCAGGGCAUCCAGCGCCGCAUCCGCAUCACCAUCCUGCACGAGCCCUCGCAGGACCUGCAGUGGACCGAUGUCAGGGAACUUGUUGUUGGCCGUAUCCGCAACUCACCAGAAGCGAAUGAAGACGCCUCAGAUGGAGACGAAGACGGCGCUCUAUCCCUCGGACUUUUCCCCGGCGAGAGGCCCACACUCGACGACAGGGCUGUAUUCAGAUUUGAAGCGGCCUGGGACAGCAGCCUGCACGGCUCGCCGCUACUCAACAGAGUGAGCGCGAAUGGAGAAGUGGUCUACAUCACACUCAGUGCUUACUUGGAGGUGGAUAACUGCAGCCGGCCAGCCAUCAUCACGAAGGACCUGUCUCUCGUGGUAGUGGGUCGCGAGGCCCGCACGGGACGCUCGCUGCGACGCGCGCUGUUCGGGUCGCGGGCCGCGCGCGCGGACCAUAUCACUGGCGUCUACGAGCUCAGUCUGCAUCGGGCGUUAGAACCUGGUGUACAGCGUCGCCAGCGCCGCGUGUUGGACACGAGCGGCACGUACGUGCGCGGGGAGGAGAACCUGCACGGCUGGCGCCCGCGCGGGGACUCGCUCAUCUUCGACCAUCAGUGGGAGUUAGAGAAGAUGACCCGUUUGGAGAUGGUGGGUCGCACGCGCCACCUGCUGGCGCUGCGCGAGAGACUGCGACACGGACACGAACACACCGUCGCGCCUAACGACUUCUCCAAGACUGAGAAGGAGGUUUGCAAUAUGGCGGCUAAGGCGGCGGCAGACAGCGCGCGCGACGAGUCGCUGUACGAGCCCUGGGAGAUGACCGCGCGCGAGAAGGAACUCGCCACCAAGUACAUCAAACUCAUACAAGGCAGGAUAGGGUCUCCAAACAAGGAGGUGGAGGCGGCGGCGUCGCCGGCCACGCCCGUGGACGAGGGCGUGUCCGCGGACAUCUCCACCCCCAGCCUGCUCUCCUCCAUACACAGUGCUAGCAGCUUUGAGCUAUGUUCCCCCGAGCGCGGACUUCUCGAGAAGUCAAUGUCUGGCUGGGCGGGCUCGCACGGGGCGGGUCUCGGCCUGGGCGCGGGGGGCGCGCUGGGCGGGGGCGCGCUGGGCGGGGGCGCGGGGGGCGCGCUGUACGUGCCCGACUGUGAGGAGGUGCGCGUGUCGGCCGCUGUGGCCCGACGCGGACAUCUCAACGUGCUGCAGCAUGGCACGCAUGGGUGGAAGAAGCGCUGGCUGGUGGUCCGGCGGCCGUACGUGUUCAUCUACCGCGACGAGCGCGACCCCAUCGAGCGCGCCGUCAUCAACCUCGCCAACGCGCACGUCGAGUACUCUGAGGACCAGGAGCAGAUGGUCCGCAUGCCCAACACCUUCAGCGUGGUGAGCAAGGAGCGCGGCUACCUGCUGCAGACCCUUGGCGACAAGGAGGUUCACGACUGGCUGUACGCCAUCAACCCGCUGCUCGCCGGACAGAUAAGGUCCCGCUCGGCGCGGCGCGGCGACAAGGCGGCCGGGGCCGCGCCCUGAGGCCCCCUCACCAUGGAGUCUAUCAUCGUUCUUUAGGUGCGUCACGGACAACGCGCGCGCCCAUCGCGCCCUGCACAGGCAUUGAAACAGCUCGCGGUAACACUUGGUGUGGAAUUAAACUGUCAAAUUAAAUAUGUGGGAAAUGUAGCUUAAGGGUUGUUGAAAUAGUUACGUAUGCAAAAAUCUUAGAUGUGACUUUUCGAUUAGCUUAAAAGCCUGAGCCUUGAACCUGAAAUCGAUUAAACAGUUGAAUGAAAAACACUGACAAGAACUUCAGUAAUUCGUUCAGCAUGAAUUCUUGACGGAAUAGACGUGAUUUGUCUAAGAUCAUACGACGUCUUACGUAGCUAUUUCAAAAUAUAUUUAAGUAAUAAUGAAUUAAAAGUUAAAGAUCUGUUGCAAAAAGGGUGAUAAACUUAAUAUACAAGUCUUUCAAUUAUCGUCAAUCGUCAUUAAAUUUGUGAACUUUAAUUCAUUAUGGCUUAGAUAAGGACUGUUAUUGCCUGUCUUCUUGCAAAUUCGAUCUUUAAAGUCAAAAUUCAGACUGGCUACACUAGCGCCAAGUUAGUGUAGAUCACUAAGUACUAAAGUACUUUGAGACUGAAAUUUUGACUAACAUGUACCAUCCGAUAUGCACUGUGCAUACAGUCGCGCGAAAUGUUCAAAAAAAUAUACGAUGUGCAAGGAGACUGGGUCCAAACUUGUGUGGUGAGCUGUAAAGUUUAAUUCCAAAUACCGAGUGGUCUAAUACUUGUCUUAUUGAGGAUAGAUAUCUGUGACUGGUUUGGUGGGGCAUAGGCAAUCUAUAGUCACCGAGCGCUCAACAUAGAGCUUUUAUUUACCGUGGCCCAACGUUCAUAUUUAGUGGGAUAGUUUACGUCGUUUUAAAGUUGCCAAAAUCGAUCGACUGAAUAGUGAUGUAACCAAAUCGAUGAACAGAUAGUCGACUAACUAUAGUUGAAGUAAGUUUUCGCAUCACUAUUGUGUAAGCGUAAAUUUUGUACUUUUUUACGAGUUAAACUAUUUCUGUAAAUAGUUAUUUUGUUAUCAACUUUGGGACCACAAUAUUAUAUUGUAAUGUCAGAGGACAAAGCAAGUGAAUCAAUUAUUUUUGCAUAUCUGAGUUUAUUAUCAGUAUUAUAUGAAGCAGCUGCAUUUAAUGCGAUAUACGAUAUAUACGUAAAUAGUUAUACAUUAUGUAUAUUUUAUUUACAUUUGCUAAUAGAAUGAAAUAACCAGUUAUUGGCACACAAAUUGGUUUCUAAAUAUUUUUAAUUAAUUAAAUUUUGGAAUCUCUGUAAAAUAGUGUAGCUAAUUAUUUAUUAACAAUUUAAUAUCAUCAAAAAGACUAUAGUUAGAAUUUAUUUUUAAUUGAAAAUAUUCAAGUGCCAAAAAUACCUGGUAACUGGUCAAUUUGUUCGAGUUUUGUAGUUUAACGCGAGUGUCGAAUGAGACGGGACCAAACCGGUGCACUGAUGACGGGAAGGGUACGUACAGAUAGUAUUUACAAACGAUAUACCACGAGCUGUUUCAAUAUCUACCAGGUCUACCAUCACUUAAAGCAGUACUCUUGCAGUUGUGGGAAAGAGAUGGCAUUCUAUGCCAUCUGCAGACCGCCAUCUAGCUUUCACAACUGCAACAACUGAUUUUUGAAGUGGUAGCCCUCCAGGACGCAUUUAGCACUUGAUUUUAUUACCUAUAUUGUAUACUCGCCUUUGGACCACGAUACAUAGCUCCAUUAAACCAUUAUAAUCCUAUAAGCAUAUGAUAACAGCAUUUAUGUAACCCUAUCGUGGCCCAUCGGCCGAUUUGUAGUUAAUGUUAACGCGCAUGUCUACGUUCAACUCCUGUGCAAUUAAUAUUAUGUGUUGCGCACAAAUAAUAUCGGCCAUGUGUGAUAGACUCCAUUUUGUAUCAUGACUAUACAUAAGAAUUUAAUAAAAUGAAACACUGUACUUGUUAAACAACAAAUUACUGAUCUAUAUAAAUUUUCUUCUAAUGUUGGAUACAUAUUGAUGUAAUUAACUUUGUAUAUACGUAUGACCAGACGGUAGUAUAAAAUUAUAUUUUGAGGCUCAAAAGGCCGUGGUGGCGGUAGUCCGGACUCGUAUGACGUCAUACGUAAGUUUCACCUUUUAGUAUCGAUUGUAAAUACAAUAAACUAUUUGUAGUGAAGUGUAGACUACGCAUAAUACAUCAUUUACGCUACAAGUUCGUAGUUGGAUAGUUUGUUUGACAUUAUAUUGUUUGGUGUAACGAUGUUUUCUUUUGAAAUUCUUUAUAUGGGAUGUAUAAAGUAGGUUAAUGUGAUGUUACUCAGGUAUAACGUUUCGAUCAUUUCUCGAUUACCGAUGAUUCCGUUCGGUGCAUUCCGUACGUCUAGUCAUUCCUAUACCGCGUAGGUACGUAUGUGAUAGAGUAGCUCAUGCUGUGCUGCGAACAAUCACAAAGUAGAGUGUUAAUACGUGUUGCUGUGUUACGUUACGUCCCUUACCCCCCCCCCCCCACACUGUCGUCUCACCAGUCCAUAUUGAGUACUACAUGAUAUAUUUAUACAGAUACGACAACGUAGUUAGAUAAUGAAUGUGACUGUAGUUUUAUAUGGAAGUUGUUUGUGUUACUUCUGUUCUAACACUGUUGUAAGUCUGAGCAGUUGUUUAUUCUCGUUGCCGCUUCGAUAAAUGUGAAAAUAAAUUAUAUUAUAAUAAUUGUCACUAUACUAUCGCUUCUAGGUGACUAUUUUUCAAUCAAAAUCGAGCAUACAUAUUUAAAUAACAACUUGUAAGCUUAGGACUUGUUAGUCGUUGUAAAUAUUUUACUUCGUUUGGUACUUACAUGGUUUACAGAAAAUUAAAAAAAAAAAUAGCUUUCUCCAGUUAAAAGUCCAGUCACACCGGCUUACACACUCAAAUGUAGACUAAAUAUUCGGCUAACACUAGAGAAUAUCCUGAUAAUAAUUUAGCGUAUAAUGAAUAACGUAGCUGUAAGAACAAAAAGUAUUAUCCCAAAAUUUAGACAUGCUGUGUGUUUAUAGGUAAUGUUUCUUAAAAUUGAAAUUAAUACAAUUGUCGUCGAGAUUAUUAAAUUAUUAUGUAACUAAGGUGUCGAUGCGCGCAGCACAACGUCAAACGUUACAAAAUUAUUUUUCAUUCGCGUACGGUUCGGUUGACGAUGUACUCGCACACUGGACCCUCUUACAACUGUAAGAUCCUUAAGCAGAUUACUAUGUCCAAGUAUUUCUUCACCAAAAUUAAAUAUUUGUGUAACUUCUUCAAUAGGCGUGUUUAUUGUAAAGAAUGAACGAGAUCUCAAGAUGAAUGACAUGUUUGUUAUACCUUUCUUUCUAGUCAUUUUUUUUGUAUUUACAUUCCAAAGUUUGUAUAUUACGUGUUUUUCCUUUUUUUUAAUAAAUAGGGUAAUGUAUUUUGCAUAGCAAAAUGGUGUUUACGUAGUUGAAUAGUGCAGAAUGAGUACCACGGGUGUGUCGGCGGCUGUAAAGAUAUUUUCUAUAGCUUUUAUUUCCUUUGACGUUUAAUUUGCUAUUCGUGUUAAGUUAUAUUAUUGUAAUAUGAAAACAAACAUUUUAAAUUAGAGAUACAGCUGGCGCUGGAUUAUAUUUUUUUAUAGAGUAUACUGUUUAAGCUAUACUGCUAUUUUUAUAGACCUAGCUGUUCUAUUAUGUUUGUUUGUUUGUCUCGUAAUUUAUUUGGUAUGCGUUGUUGUUCUGUGGGGCGCGCGGCGAGCCGCUGCCAGCCCGCUGCGGGGCGGUGUUGCCAGCUCGUUGCGGGUGCGGUGUUGCCAGCGCGCUCUUGUGAUUAUGAUAGUGAUUGUUGAUUGUUGGGCGAGAAUGAUAAUGAAAACAAAUUAUAUAUUCUAUAAUUUAUGAAUUUCAUUCAAUUUAUGAAAAUAAGAACAAUGUAAUGAUUGGUAAUAUUACUCAUUGCUCUAAAUGUACUAUCAAAAUAUAUUAUACACAGUGUUAAAGGUCAUAAAUAAAAUGCUUUGAAAAUUUCCA